AUGAACAUGCGAGUCCGACGGUGGAGUGACAUAGAGGUGCGUCAACGGCCUUUGCAUCGCGCUGCAUAUGCCAAUAGUACACCAAGUCCUGCACCUGCUGCACCUGCAUCUGCUGCGCUUAUACCGUCUUCAAGUAGCAAUAACAACGUCCCACUAGCCGUCAUGGAGGAUGCCCCCGAGUGUGUCAUUUGCCUGGAUGAAUUAGCGUUAGGGCGUGCAUUGUUUACAGCAGAGUGUGGUCACCGCUUUCACUUUAGUUGUUUGCUAGAGAAUGUAAAUCACGACGAAGUCAACUCCGACAAAUGCCCGAUUUGCCGUAAAACGCAGACGCAAUGGCCUGAACAGACCGAAGGACUGGUUAAAGCUCAUCCUUAUUGUACAAACUGCGGGAAAAGAGGGUCCGGAGGACAAUUCUGCGACGGAUGUGGACAAUCAUUGGCCCACACACCUACAGCACAGGAACGUGCGCGAGCAGCAGCUGCAGCAGCAAGAAGUAAUGUGAUGGUCGAGUGUCCUACAUGUCGCAUCCGCUGUUUAGUGAGCACGACGGCACGCGGCACGCUCCAGUGUCCGAAUGGUCAUCUCUUUCAGUUGCGCAUGCCGCCGACCAUGGGUAGUUCACAGGGAUUACGGCAAAGCUUUACAGGAGGCGGAGCCGGCCCAAUAACUUCAGGACCCCGGCCUAUCAUGCGUCAAUGUCCCACGUGUUACACGCGCGUUCAAAUGCCCCCAGGUAGUCAAGCUGGCCAGUACAUGUGUCCACAUGGACAUACUUUCUACUUCUCCCCGUUUCAAUAG